AGGUCAUAUAUAAAUAGCUCCAUCGUCUUCUCUCAAAGCUCCGGCGCCACCAUUAAAAAACCGAGUCUCUCUCACUCUCUCUAUCUUUCUCGACGACUUUAACGGUUUCGAAAUGGCCACCGUUCCAGGACAAUUGAUCUGGGAGAUCGUGAAGAACAACAACUGUUUCUUGGUGAAACAGUUCGGUAGGGGAAACUCCAAAGUUCAAUUUAGCAAGGAGACCAACAAUCUAACCAACGCUCACUCCUACAAGCACUCUGGUCUUGCAAACAAAAAGACUGUAACCAUCCAGGCUGCUGACAAGGAACAAGCUGUUGUGCUCGCCACCACUAAGACCAAGAAGCAGAACAAGCCUAAGGUCUCUGUCAACAAGUCUAUCCUGAAGAAGGAAUUCCCCAGGAUGUCCAAGGCUGUUGCCAACCAGGUGGUGGACAACUACUACAGGCCAGACUUGAAGAAAGCUGCUCUUGCUAGACUCAGUGUCAUCAGCAAAGGCCUUAGGGUUGCCAAGUCCGGUGCCAAGCAAAGAAACAGACAAGCUUAAGCUUUUUUUCAAAUAUGUGUUUUGAAGUAAGAGAUUUUUGCUGAACAGGAUUAUGAAGUUCUUUGUUGAAGUUGAACCAUAACGCUAUGCUCCUUUUCAUUAUCCUUUUCAAAAGGAGUUAGAUGUUUUUCUUAUUAUGUUGCUUGUGUUUCAUUUUGUUAGAUCUUUUUAUCUAAUCAAGAAUUUGCUUAA